CAGAUCGGUAUUUCAGUUGGUAAGUGGUGUUGGGAAGGAGUGCGCGUUUUUGUCGAGUUUUCGCCUGAAAAUGUGUUCAGAUGAGAUCCAUGUUUUGUUCUAAGGAGAGUCCGGGCGAAGAUGAGGAAGAAACGGGGUCCGGACUGGCCCCUUCGUCUGGGCCCACGGAGACCUGUAUAGAGAUGGUCCGGACCGAUAACAUCGCCACUUUCUCCUCAGCUCAUCUCCUGGAGAAGCCAUUGAUCGAUAAAAAAGUUAAGAGACAUAGCAUACAUGGAAUGAUGGAGGAGGAAAAUGUCAUCAGGCCGCACCAGGAGAUCGCACAAUUAUCCCUCGAUGAGAAGAAGUUCCUGUUGGCUGUGGAAAGGGGCGAUGUUGCCUCGACCAGACGGACGCUGCAGAAGGCUGAAGAAACUGGUUUCAUUAACAUCAACUGUGUGGAUCCAUUAGGGCGAAGUGCCCUUCUUAUGGCCAUUGAUAACGAAAACUUGGAAAUGGUCGAACUAUUAAUCGAACAUAAAGUUGAGACCAAGGACGCGCUCCUUCAUGCCAUUUCGGAGGAGUUUGUUGAAGCUGUUGAGGUGCUACUAGACCAUGAAGAGACCAUCCACAAGCCAGGCGAACCACAUAGUUGGGAAGCUUUACCUCCAGACACUGCAACUUUUACUCCAGACAUCACUCCGCUCAUCUUGUCAGCUCAUCGCGACAACUACGAAAUUAUCAAGAUCUUGUUGGAUAGAGGAGCCACAUUGCCGAUGCCACAUGAUGUCAGAUGCGGCUGCGACGAAUGCGUGACCUCCCGCCAGGAGGACUCCCUGCGGCACUCCCGGAGCCGAAUCAACGCGUACCGGGCCCUAGCAUCACCUUCUCUGAUCGCCCUUUCGUCCAAAGACCCCAUCCUUACCGCCUUCGAGCUGUCUUGGGAAUUGCGCCGGCUAAGUCUGAUGGAGCACGAGUUCAAGAGCGAGUAUCAAGAGCUAAGGAAACAGUGUCAGGAUUUCGCUACAGCGCUGCUCGAUCACACGAGGAGCUCUUACGAACUGGAGGUGCUACUAAAUCACGAUCCAACAGGGCCGGCUUUCGAACACGGAGACAGGAUGCACUUGAACAGGCUCAAGCUCGCCAUCAAACUUAGGCAAAAAAAGUUUGUAGCUCAUUCCAACGUCCAGCAACUGCUAGCUUCGAUUUGGUACGAAGGUCUUCCGGGUUUCCGCAGGAAAAACAUGGUUCUGCAAGCCUUAGAAAUUGUGAGGAUUGGCAUCCUUUUCCCGUUCUUCUCGAUUGCUUACAUCCUUGCACCACAUUCCGUGAUUGGCCAGACGAUGCGGAAGCCUUUCAUCAAGUUCAUCUGCCAUUCCGCCUCUUAUUUCACAUUUUUGUUUUUGUUGUCACAGACUGUUUUCUUCGACGAUCCUGGCGUCGUGUACACACAGAGGGGUGCCAAACCCACCCUUGUCGAAUGGAUAAUACUCGCCUACGUUAGUGGAUUAAUAUGGAGUGAAAUAAAGCAGUUAUGGGACGUGGGUCUCGAGGAGUAUGUGAGAGAUAUGUGGAACGUCAUUGACUUCAUUACAAACUCGUUAUACGUAGCGACAGUGGCUUUAAGGGCAGUUUCGAUUUAUCAGUUUUUGAGCGACAGCGAGAUGUCUGCAAUCGCUUAUUUCUUUCAGGUACAAAAAGAUCCGAGUGCUCUGAAUGUUCCGAGAAAAGAGUGGGAUGCCUGGGAUCCAAUGCUGAUCUCAGAAGGGCUUUUUUCAGCAGCGAAUAUUUUCAGUUCAUUGAAGUUAGUGUACAUAUUUUCGGUGAACCCUCACUUGGGACCACUUCAAGUGUCGCUAUCACGAAUGGUGAUGGACAUCAUGAAAUUCUUCUUCUUGUACGUUCUAGUCCUGUUUGCGUUUUCUUGUGGUCUGAAUCAGCUACUUUCAUAUUACGCCAAAGCUGAGAAAAGAAAGUGUCCAGAAGAGAACCCUCAUUCCUUAAAUCAAACGGAAAAUAACGACACAAACGCCUGUAUAAUAUGGAGAAGGUUUUCAAACUUAUUCGAGACCAGUCAGACGCUCUUUUGGGCCGUUUUCGGAUUGGUCGACUUGGAGAGCUUCGAAUUGAACGAAAUUAAAAUAUUCACGAGGUUUUGGGGGAUGCUUAUGUUUGGGACGUACUCGGUUAUUAACAUCGUCGUUCUGCUCAACUUACUCAUUGCUAUGAUGAAUCAUUCAUAUCAACUAAUUUCGGAACGAGCCGACACCGAGUGGAAAUUUGCGCGUAGCAAACUGUGGAUUAGUUAUUUCGAAGAAGGGGGCACUGCACCCCCGCCAUUUAACAUCAUUCCAACCCCUAAAAGUAUCUGGUACGUGAUUCAGUGGAUCCGGCGGAAAUUCUGCGGCCAUUCCCGAGCUGCCAAAAAGGAACACAUGCGGACGAUAAGGAGGAAAGUCAAACAAGCGAGCGAGAGGGAUUUUCGAUACCAGAGUAUUAUGAGAAACUUGGUGCGCCGAUACGUGACAGUCGAACAAAGAAAGGCGGAAAAUCAGGGAGUCACCGAGGAUGACGUGAAUGAAAUCAAACAGGACAUAUCAGCUUUUCGCUUUGAACUUAUCGAAAUACUCAAAAAUUCGGGAAUGAACACGUCCACAGCGCACAGCGGAAUGGGUACUGGGGGCAAGAAAAACCGCCAAAAAGAGCGAAGACUGAUGAAGGGGUUCAACAUUGGGCCCCAAACUUCCACAACCAGUGGUCCUCUGCCCCCUGUAGCCGAAUUCAUCGCCUCCCUCCAGCACCAACAGGAGGCCCACCACCACGAUUUUUUCGGAAGCACCCUCUCCGGUAUUUUCAAUUCAACCUCUCGUAAACUGCACCAGCACAGCAGUACGGUUUCUUCCUCCCAAGGGAGCAUCAACGAAGGUUCGCACAACCACAACUCUAGAGGAAUCGGCAGGUUUCAUUUGAAACGCACACACUCGCACAAACGUCGCUGGGGAACAUUGAUCGAGGCAGCAAAAACUGGAAAAGUUUCCCGCUUGAUAGGACGUUCCCGUUCCGAAGACUCAGUCUGCAACAACUGCAGAGAAAACGGGCACAACCACUCCCACAGCCAUAGCAAUAGUCCAGCCUCGGAUGAUAAUGGCUCCGUUAGGUCCAGGUCAACGGACUCGAACCCAAGUCUGGACGUUCCAGACCAGCCGGAACCACAUGGGUUGGCCCACGGGUUAGCUCUGCUGAAGAAGAAGCGGAAAAAGUUUUCGGCCUCGAGAAACACCAGUCCGAUUGUGGCGCCAGUUCGAGAAGUGGCCAGUGUCAAAAAACCACCCAAAAAAAUCCCUCAAGUGUUGAAGAGGGCCUCUAGCGUUCCUACUCGCGUACCAGAAGUGAUUCAAAUGGCCUCCCGCCACGACAACCCCCAAGACUCGGUCGAAAUUCCUACUUCCGCUCCUCCAACCCUCACACCUUCCACCACUGAGGAGAGUGUGACAGCAGUGGGGCAAAACUCGGGUACUUCAAGAGAGCCCCUCCUUUGCUAUUCGUCUUCGAGUAACCAAGCCACUGGUUCUUCUCAAACUCCCGAAGAAGAGUUCAGAAGUCACCACAAUUCGCAGUCUUUACCCAAACUACCAGGAGUUAUUCCCUUGAGUGGACACAAUGGGCCAACCGGAUGGUUGUAGUUAGUUCAAGCCGAGUCAAUGGUUUUUCAAAUUAACAACGAAUUUUAGUUGCGUUUUUUACGGGGCGUGACAUUCUAAAACUAGUAGAAUUGAUUGAGGGACGGUUUAAAAAUUAGGAGAAAAUCAUUGACUCUAGGGAUCACACACCAAAUGCAUUUAAUUUGUUAGUUGAAAAAUAUGUGAUAAUUAUUUAUUAUACAGGGUGUAACCAGGGACGGGUCAUGCCAAUCGCCAUUUCUUUAACUUUGGAAAAAAGGCGCCAAAUUUAGAAAAAGUAAUACACGUAAUCACAGUUUUUUUAUGAUGCUUCCUCUGUCCGAAAUUAUGUUUCAAAUACAUUUGGAAUAAAUUUGGAAUUUAUUUCUCUCAAAAUAUACGCUACAAAUUAUAAAAACACCAACGUCGCAUUUGACCGAAUUAUUUUAUUAAAUGAAGUUGAUAAAAUUGUAAAACAGUUAUUAAUGAUCUCUCAUUGAAACUUAGUUUUUAAUUUUUUGAAGUCUAUGAAUAAUUAUAACAACUAAUUUUAAGAGAAAAUGCGACGUUGGCAUUCCUAUAGUGUUGAAACUGCUAAUAAGUACUAUUAAAGAUAAUAAUAAAUAUAAAAAAUAAUAAUAAAUUAAGUAUCUUAGAACAGAUCGUCUUCCUCUUAAAAAAUACACUUUGUGUGUAAUUAAUGAAAUAGGUAACUUUUUAAUCUUCUUUUAUUUUUAAAUGUUUACUUUAUUUUUUUCUGCUCUUUCUACAUUUGCUAAGAAGAUUAUACCUUGAUGAAUGCACUUUCAGAAACAGAAAGAAAAAAUUUAGGUUGUCAAUAAAAAAAGACUACAUAAAGAUAAAGCGCUUUCUGUGUAAUUACAAUUAUAGAUAACUUUUUAAUUCUGUAUUAUUGUUUAUAUAUUUUGUGAAAAAUUACGGCUAACAAUAAAGAUACGAAUUUUAUGACUUACUUUAAUUUCGUAAUUAUCUUAUUACAUUAUUAAAUUAAUUAACAAUAAAUUAAACUGACGACGUAUUAAUUUUCAAAACAAUUUCAAAUGUCUGAUAUAUUUUUGGUCAGAGGUAAUAUACAGGGUGAGCCUACUAAAGGUAUGUUUUUACUGUAUUUCAAUUGCUUCCAAUUAAAACUAAUUAAUGAAUUAUUAUUUACUAAAAGUUUGCCGGUUACUUUAAUAGUGAGUUAACUUAAGAGUGAAAUAACUCAACCUAAACAUAAUGAACUUAUAGUUAAAUAAUGACAACUCUUUCAAUUACCUACUAUCUUAAGUCUGAGCUACAAAAAGUUUAAGUUAACUCAAAAGUCAGGUUAUUUCGAAGUUAUUUUGACUUAUUUAACCUGAAGUUUAUGUUUAAUUAACUCGAAAUUAACUCGACUUUGAAAUAACGGACUUAGGUGGCUAAAAAAAUUGUUAUUGUGUCAUCUGAAAAAAAGCGAUGUUUUAAUCUUGUUUUUUGGUAAUAAACCGUUAAAAAGUCGGUAGGAAUAUUUAUAUUAUUAACUAAAAACACCAAGUAUUUACUAGUAAACGCUAAAUUCGAUGCUACUAAUAGUAUUAUGAGAUGUAGUGAAAGAUACUUUUAGCAUACGCACCCUGUAUAGUUUUUUUGAAAAAGUGCUGAGUUUGUACCGUAAAAUCGUUCUUUAUUUUUAUAAUAUUUUUGACAAAAUUUCACUGAAUUUAUGUAAUAUUCUUUUUAAGUCAGAACCCGUCCCUGCUUAUGACAGCCUGUUUAAAAAUAAAUCGUAGCCAUAACGGACCAUUUAUGGUUAUUAAGGUAAUUUCACAGGGUGUUGAGGAAAUGAAUAUCAGAUUUAGUUAACAGUGAUUUUUUUUUUAAUUCUGAUGUUUUACUGCCAUUCACAUCGUUUCGAAUUUUCCUAAAUCUAGUCUUACUGUAAGAUAGAAUCAUUAGAACUCUUUUAGGAUAAAUUUUAUUGAAGAAUAUUUACAAGAGGCCUUCGAACAUGUUAGUUUCAUUGUCAUUGCCUUAGAUUAGAUUAGUGUGUGUUUAAUGUGUAAAAGUGGGUAUUUUUAUAAUACUUAUGCUACAUUCACUAGAAAUGUAAAUAUAACGACUUCACUAAACUAUUUUUUAACUCAUUAAUCUGUUAAGUCUAACAUUAAAGAACAAAUAUAUCCGCCACAUCUACCCGAAAAAUUAGAUUGUAAGAUUAGUUUGUAAGAAUUUUUUUUCAAUUUCGAAUUUUUUACACACAAGGUCAUUACACCAUGAUGUAGAAAAUCACAAGAUAAUUGUAAAUUUGUUGUUGAAUCAAAUAACCAUAAAUUUUAUACAACUUCUCUCCCAACAAUUUGUGCAGUUCCAGUAGCUGUAACAAGACGUAAUUAUUUACUGUUGAACUGUUUUUGGAGCUUAGUCUUUAGAUUAGUGCUUAAUACUAACUAACAUUUUUUUAUUAUGCGUGUGCUGAAAUUGUUUAAUAAAAGCUUGAAACUUUCA